UGAAGCACAAUGGACUAACGUGAUUAGAAAUCAGGCGAACUCUGGUUUCUCUUGAGCUGAAUUACGGCUCUCCUAAGUCCCACGGCGCUGAAUGAUGUCAUGGGAUCUGUAGUUCAGCGAGAUGAAAGGGAUAAAGCAGAGCCCGCUGGCAGUAGGAACAGCUUCCAGCACACAGCCCACAGCGAAGCCUGGGAACUGCAGAGCGGGGACCAGCCGCCAGCCCCAGCAUGGAGGAGCCGCCGGCUGUGCCCCGUGCAAAAAAUCAGAGCAAAAGGACGUGAUCCGCAUUUAAGAAAAGAAUGCGUGGCCCGGCAGGCGGGAGGGCAGCUACCUACUUGCUGAAAGUGAACUUUCUGGAUAUCCCUGCAUAUAUAUAAGCUCAGCCCUGCCUUUGAUGUUCAGCAACCGAUCACUGAUCAGAUUACAGGCAUUUCAUCUCCCAGCUCCUCUGCCUUUGAUCUGCAUGGUUAAUUUCAUUUUCCUGGAUUUGCAGUUUCGUCUGGGCUUGUGCUGACACACAUUUUUGGGGAGGUGGAAGCAUUUGGCACAGAAGUGCUGCCAAGGAGAGACUACGCUGCCCAAGGGUGCGUUCUGGGAAGAGCGGGCAGUUGCAGAGCCCUGCUGGGACACAUUUGAGAAGAGCAAUGGCUUUCAAAGUGCUACAAGAACAAGAGAAAACAUUCUUCACUAUUCUCCUUCUACUAGGCUAUCUGCCAUGUACAGUGAUUUCUGAAACCGGAGACUGCAGACAGCAGGAGUUCAGAGAUGGAUCCGGGAACUGUGUUCUCUGCAAGCCCUGCGGGCCCGGCAUGGAGCUGUCUAAGGAAUGUGGCUUCGGCUAUGGGGAGGAUGCACAGUGUGUGACGUGCCGGCCACACCGGUUCAAGGAGGACUGGGGCUUCCAGAAGUGCAAGCCGUGCCUGGACUGCGUGCUGCUGAACCGCUUCCAGAAGGCCAACUGCUCGGUGACCGGCGAUGCCGUCUGUGGGGACUGCUUGCCAGGAUUUUACAGGAAGACUAAACUUGUCGGUUUUCAAGACAUGGAGUGCGUGCCCUGCGGAGACCCCCCUCCUCCCUACGAGCCGCACUGUACCAGCAAGGUCAACCUUGUAAAGAUCGCAUCCACAGCCUCCAGCCCUCGGGACACGGCCCUGGCUGCGGUCAUCUGCAGUGCUCUGGCCACCGUGCUGCUGGCCCUCCUCAUCCUCUGUGUCAUCUACUGUAAAAGACAGUUCAUGGAGAAGAAGCCCAGCUGGUCUCUGAGAUCAGAGGACAUCCAGUACAACAGCUCUGAGCUGUCGUGUUUUGACAGACCUCGGCUCAGCGAGUACGCUCACAGGGCGUGUUGCCAGUGCCACCAGGACUCGGCCCAGACCUACGGGCCCGUCCACGUGACCCCACCCCUGUGCUGUGAGGGUACCUGCGGCAGUGACCAGCCGGCGCUGGGCUGUGGCGUGCACUCGGCGGCCACCCUUCAGGAGAGAAACACAGUCCUGGGCGGGACGUCGGUGCCGGCUGUCUUCAUGUCCCUGACACACUCCGGCUGCGGAGAGUUUUCCGACGCCUGUCCUCUGAUGCAGAAUGCCAUGGGGGGCGACGACAUCUCUUUCUGUGACGCUUACCCUGAGCUCACUGGAGAAGACAUUAUUUCUCUUGGUCCAGAAGACGAGAGCUCAGCAUCUUUGGAUUCAAACAAUAGCCAGGGUUUGACCUGUGGAGCUGUUUCAGUUCAAGCUCACCCUGCGAACUUCACAGAAACUGCUGGCUUCUGUGGACACAGCAGCACAGCGACAGAGCCUGCCCUGGCUCCGGACGCACCGCCUCCAAGAAGCCAGCUAGACCCCGUGCCAGGGAGCCCCUGAGCCUGCCAGCCUGGCCGCAUCCCUCCAGGAAGCCUAAAGGCCAUCAUCUCUCUGCUGUGGAAACGGGUGUGGAAAAAAAGGGGACCCCUUGUGAAGCUUACAGACUGAGCAGUCUGGACCCUGCAAAGGCUUCUGGGAGAAAAAUAAAUCUGAACCAAACUGGUUGCUAUUUAAGCCUUUAGCCUUACGCCUUUCAACCAGCUGCUUCUCAGGCAGACUAGCUGUAAACUGAAACCUCAAGGAAAGCAAGCAAACUGCAAGCAGACUGGUGAUCCUGGGCAUUGCCCCUGGAUAGGGAGCUUCCGGGAUUCAAGAGCAACUUCAAAGACUGAAGCAUUGCAGUCAUGAACAAGACACAGCAGGACAUCUGCGCUUAUUUUCAUGAUUUUACAAGACUGGCAACCCAGAGUAUACAUUUUUGCUGACAUUUUCUUUCCAAAAAUAAUCUUACGUAGUCUGUUAUCCUGCUAAAAGUCCAUGUCAGAUUCCUGAUCUCGGUUUUUUGUUUUGGUUUGGUUUUGGUUUUGUUUUAAUGUAGAAUGGGUUCAAAAAUGAGUAUUUGUGUUGGGGAAGGCCACUUUUUCUCAUCUAAGGGGAAUUAGCUUGGGUGAUUAGUACUGAUUUCAUUCCGCCUGCCUCAAUCUUGUGUUACUAGAUGAGGUCAAUAGACCUCACCAGGGAUCAGCUGUGUUGGAGAAAGGCUCUUGUCCAGAAUCCAUGCUCCUGCCCUUGGCCUCUAGCUCCUGGAUACCCACUGGUGCUGGUAGAAAAAGCGACCUUGGGUACGCACCGUGGUCUGGAAAGAGUGGCCCUUUGCCCCGAUUUAAACCACUAACGCACGUUUCCUCAAACUUGGAUGCACAGGUUAGUAUAGACGCGUUAAGACGAACUGACAUAGAAGCAUUUGUUACCUCUGCCCCUGGGCCUGAGCGGAGAAGGUCCAGUUUUCUAUCAUGGAAAAGUGGUAUUUGUAUACAUAGUGACCUUUUGUUUGCAUUGGACCUUGUACUAAAAGCUUUAGAAAUUUUGGUGUAUCAGGUUCCUCUACUACUAAAGUAGUCUUUGGCAAGAAUAUACUUGCUAUGAGACACAGAAGAAAAAGCACAAUUGGUAGGUGCUGUUGAGGAGACCUGGCAAAGUGUAGUUGAACCAGGAUGUGGCACAGUUCCCUCUGAUCUUGUAGGAUUUUCACGUCAUCUCUUAACUGUGGCCAGGUGAUGUUGGAGGUGCCUGCUUCUGUGGAAGUACCACAUCGCCUGCCUGUUACUGCUGAUGCACCAGUUUGUGUGAGGGCAGGCAAAAAAUGAACCCGGCCCAGCCAUAAAGCGAGGCAUGCCUCAUUUGCUCUUAAUCUUUAUGCCCUGGAGAAGACUUAAUUGAGCAGGACUUAAUUAUUUUCCUGUUCCAACUUACACAAUCCGCUCUGGCCUUUGUCUUUUAACUGCUUGCUAUUAGCUGUGUCACGUGUACCCUGACAAAAUAAAUAGACCUCGAAAUGUCCAUGUGUUAGAGGGGCACUAAGGUAUUUGCCUGCAAAUUGCCCUGCCCAAAUUGGUGUCUUUUAACCUAACAUUUAAUCUGAAAGUUAGAACUAAUUUGUUUUUCCUACAUCAACUUUUUCUUCUCCCUUAUUACCCCAACAUCUUCUCUCUUUGUAAAGAUCAGUAAAACUUGAUGAGCACCUUUCUUCCCUGCGGCUAUUUCUCUCCACAUAAUUUUAGGUGCUGAUGUGGGCAUAGUGGUUUGCUUGUGUCUGGAUACUGCUCCAUGACCUCAGCGUUUUUACCAGAAGCAGGACGUCAGAAGCCCAGAACCUUUAAUGCCUCCCAACUGCCCAGUCAUACGUGACUCUUUUUCUUUCUCUUUUUUGUUUUCCUUGUUUUCUUUUUUGCAUAAGGCAGUGGUUCUUAAACUUUCAUAGUCACCAACUCUUAAGAGAAUCGCCUUUAGGAAACACUUGUAAAAUAUUUAGGACUUGACCACAGGCGUCUAUGAAAAUGCAAGUCAGGUUUCCUUGAGUGGCUUCCCUGUGUCUCACAUGUGUGCGUCACUGUUUGCAGUCUGAUCAUCUCUGUUGUGACAGGAGUAUGAUCAAAGCGAGCAGGGCUGUGUUUGUGUAACCUGCAUAUAUUUUCCAUAUGUACAGCCCUGAGUUGCUUCAAAGACACACUUGCUAAGGAGACUUUGGUCCAACAUCAUAGACAUCACUGUUAAUCAGCAGAGAAAUGCUUCGGGUGGAAAUUGACUUCAUUUGAACACUGCAUUUGAAAACUUCUGGGCUAUUUUUAUCAAGUUGGAGACAUCUUACAACUACCUACUCUAGAAACAUACAGAAAUGUUAUAUUUCACACUCCAAGUCAAUACUUGAGAAAAAAAGUCCAGUUUGCAUUUCGCCUUACUGGAAGACCCUGCGCUACACAGAGAGCUCUGGGCUGUGGAGCAGAGGUGGGGGUCACCUGGAGUGAUACCGCCCCGGGCGACUUCGCUGGUUUGUGAGGCACAGAAGCUAUGAGGAUUUCAAGAAUAACUACAUCGGAUCAUGGUUUCGUUUUUUUAAACCUUUUGUAUAUGGAACAUAUGUUUUAUAUAGAGACUUUUCUGCUUUAGGUAAAGUGUUAGUAUUGCUGUUACUUAGAUCAGGCACUGUCAUCUCUGCAGGCAAAGAUCACAUGGACAAAAGCACACUGCUUUAAGGUAGUUGGAAUCAAUUUAGAAUUCAUCAUAAUGUUUUGCAUACUGAAAUUUUCCUAUACAAGUAGUUUUGUUACACUUUUUUACUUGUGAAUAAAAUUGAUACUUGUUAUUCUUA